AAUUUCCUUGGGACAGAGGCAACAUUGCGCACGGAAUUCUGUCGAGUACAAGAGAGUCGCGACCAACCAUGGCGGCUCUGCUUUCUCUGCUGCCGCAGAGACGGUGCCUCUGCACAAAACCCCACAAUAAAUGGAGCGUGAAGCAAGUGACCAAGUUGAACUUCGAGGAAUCUCUCUCGGAGAUCAAGACCCACAUCGCCCACUCCGACUUCAUCGCCGUGUCACUGCAGAGGACCGGCUCCGUGUCUGCGCCGUGGCACCGCGUCCUCCCAUUCGACACGCCCCACACUGCAUACGCCAAGGCCAAGCGCGCCGCCGAGCGCUUCCAGCUCCUCCAGUUCGCCGUCUGCCCCUUCUCCAUUAGAGCCUCCAAGCUCCUCGCUCACCCAUAUAACUUCCAUUUGUUCCCUAGGGAUGAGCUGAAGAUGGGAAUGCCAUCUUAUAGUUUUUCAUGUCAAACAUCAUAUUUGACGUCCAUGGCUCGAGACGGUUUUGAUUUUAAUGCCUGUAUAUACGAUGGCAUAUCGUACUUAUCUAGGGCACAAGAGCCUGCAGCCAGACUUCAGAUGAGGAAUCCAAUGCCCAUCACUCAUGUAGUGAAAUCUUCUUCUACACCUAGUGUUGCUGAUUCAGUAUUCAUUGAGAGGGUUAAAUCACGGGUUAAGCAUUGGAGAAAUGCAUGUAAAGAUUCUAGUGCAAACAGAGAUGAGCCGCUUUUGAGUUCACUAAGAAAACUUGUCUUAGGGAAUGAAGAGUAUGGAACAAGACCAUGCAUGAAUAUUGAUGUUUGCAGCGAACGUCAAGUGCAGCUCGUGCUAGAGAUGUUGGAAGAAUUCUCUGAUGACCUUGUUCCUUUAAUAAUCCCGGCGAAGGGUGGGGCAACCCAGACAGUUCGUGUCAUUUUGACAAGUUCAAAAGAGGACAAGGUUUUGCUUCAGAAUGAGCUUCAAAAUCUUCAAGACGAACAAACCAAGAAAGUCCGUGGCUUUCGAGAGGUGAUCGACUUGAUUUCUGCUUCACAGAGACCUGUUGUCUCCCACAAUUCCCUUAAUGAUUUUACAUUUAUUCAUUCAAAGUUCAUCACUCCUUUACCUCCUAAUGUUGAUGAAUUUAUGUGCUCCUUGCGCUUGGUUUUCCCACUUGUACUUGAUGUCCAGCAACUGAUGAAGGAAAUUGGCCCUUUGAGAAAAGUUACCAAUAUACCUACAGCUAUUUCCUACUUAAAGGAUCAUUUUUUUGCACCCAUCGAUAUGGAAACUCUGCACCAAGAUACUGUGAAUGAAGGCAAGAUUCAUGGGCAUAAUGUUCUACGCAUCGCUUAUUUGUUUGCAAAGCUCUGCUCCAUUCUACGAAUUGCACCAGCCGAAUCUGAUAACAAAAGUUUGGUUCCGGCCCUUGAGGAGUAUGCAAACAUUUUAAAUCCAUGCUCCAUGAGUCCUCAAGAAUCAACUGAUGGGGAUGUUAGUAUUUGGACAAACAGUACAAGAAAAGUGAGUUGUGAGCAUUUGGUUUUCUUGUGGGGAUUUAAGCGUACAAUGACUGCUGGAAAACUGAAAAGCUUGCUCCAAGGGUCGCAUGACGUUUUCUCUGAAGAAUUUGAUGUUCGGUUAGUGGAUAAGAGCUGUGCCAUUGUCGUUUUUUGGAAACCUGGUUUAUCUGAAACUUUUCUCAAUGUAAUGAAUAGUGAAGAGAUUUGCGGAUCUUUGAGGGAGAUGGUCUCGGAAGGCCUAAGAGCAGCGUGUUAUGCAAACUACAAGAACAUUUGUAGGUUAGGUAUAUGGGAGGCAGAUUUGGCAGAGUCCUUAGAAAAAGUUUUGGAAGAACCUGAUUGCCUUGGGAAAACUGAUUCUGAAACAAAUCCAUUGGAAGUUCACUGGUUUAGUGACUUGGUUAUUAACUUGGAUGACCUUUGAUAUAUGGUAUUCUGUUUCUUGAACAACAGAUUAACAUUGACCUGAGAUUGAUGCUGCUUUAACUUAAUCUAAAAGAGCAACAGCUUGUUCUUUUCGAUUGGGAGAUCAACUUCAGGCACUAAUGGGAAGUGAGUUCCUGUGUUUAUAGGAUUCGAAUUGUUGGGAACCUCAAAAGCAAAUGUAAGUAGUGGUUGUUGAAUGAAUGCCUUUGUCAUGAGAUCUUUCUAUUUUUA